CCCAGCGUUCGGUAUAUGAACGCGCACCUUGCGCAAGGAUCUCCAAUAUACUCCAUUUUCUGCUCCUCCGAGGACGCAAGGUCCCAGCUUUAAUGCCUCCCUCUCAAGAACUCAACAUACUCGCGGAUGCAUACGCCGAAUAUUCAGAGCAGGAAACCGGCUCGCGCUUCUGGCUUUUCCCCCGCAAAGGCGGCGGCGGACGAGGUGGUGGCGGCGGCAAAGGAGGAAGCUCGAAGGGCGGCGGUGGCAAGGGCGCCAAGGGCCGUGCCUCAGGGUCCGCAUCUGGAACCGGCAAAGUCUCGCCGUCCAAGUUGAAUACUGGCCGUGCUGUAUCGGCGGCGGCCUCGUCUACGAGCAAGGGUGGCGGUAAGAAGUUCAAGCUCGGGAAGACGUCUGCAUUCCCUGGGCGGCAGGCGGGAGGUGGAACUAGGAAAGAGAUCUAUGGUACCUGGGUAUACGGGAGUGGCUACCCCUAUGGUCACCCUGGGUCCUUCGUCUCCGGGCGCCCGUUCCCAUACGUUUUCUGGCCUGUACCUAUCGAGGAUGGCUAUGUCGGCGCCGAUGAAUACGCGCAUCACAGCGGUACGGUCCGUCCAGGUGGAAACUUGACGACGGUGCCGAUCAGGUCCAACAUAUCCACGACGCUCGAGACGUUCCGCAUCGUCGGCGAUAACACCUCCGUCACCUCAGUCCUCGCCGACCUCAUGAAGACGUGCGGCGUCGUCAACUCGACCGAUUCCUUAUCCGUCUUCAACGCCUCCGUCCCUCUCCAGAACAUCCCAAAACCGGAGCAGAUUGUGCAAUGGUACCGAGCCUCUACCUUUGGACUCUCUCUCGACGGAUACAACAACACCGCCGCACUGCCGUCGAAUGCCCCGGCGAACAACGCCUCAAACUGGACGGUCACGGCGCAGACUCCUCUUCCCGCAAUCAACAUGACGUUUUUGGCAUGCCUGAACACUACAAUUGCGGCAACGCUCCCGCUCGUCGCUGCGGAGAACGUGCGCUGGAUCGACCGAUUUGGUGGCAUCGCGGGCUUUGUCGACAUGGUGAUUUGGGGCUUUUCGGCCCUCUUUACCAUAGUGGUGUGGAUAUGCAGUUGCGUGUGUUCGUGA